GACAAGGAAACAUGCCGCGACGUUUCGUUCGGAAGUUGGGAGCUCGGCAUUAUCGCAAUUAUUCACCACUCGCCUUGGCAAAGGCUGUCGAGAAGUGCCUAGCUGGAAAGGCAACUAUAAGAGCUGCAUCGGAAGAAUUCAACAUUCCGACUGGAACCAUUUGUGCUUACCUCAAGUCAGCAAAGGCAGAAAGUGCAGCAGCGGUUGAGUCACCUCCAGAACCAGGACAGCCUGCAAAUCCUGUUUCACGAAAAAAAUCACCAGGACAUCCUACCGUGUUUUCACCCAACGAAGAAGAGAUUUUGUGCGCUCUCAUUGUGGCAGUCGGUACGUACGGCUUCCCAUGUUCAAUCAGGGACUUGAAGGUGAUAGUAAGAUCUUAUCUUGACAAAAUGGGUCGAACUGUGCCAGUUUUCAAAGAAAAUACGCCUGGAAUUGACUGGGUGAAGCUAUUUUUAAAGAGACAUCCUGAUAUCACUCGCAGAACAGGUCGCAACAUUCCUCUUAGCCGAGCAGCAGUGAAUAAGGAUACAAUUCGUGAUUACUUUCAUCACUUGAGGCAUGAGUUAGAAGGAGUACCUCACUGUAACAUUUAUAAUUAA